AUGGGAGAGGACAGAGAAGAGAGUUUGGAGGAGUUGAGCACAGACCGCCUGAAGCUGGAGCUGCUGGAGGAGAUCCACCUGAAGGAUGUCGUGCAGCUCUCCACGCUUGAAAUACGACGCAAGAUCGCAGAGCUGGAGUCCAGCCUCAACAGCGACCAUGCAACCAACGAAUGGAAAGCCCGGUAUGAGACUCAGCUGGAGCUGAAUGACCAACUGGAAAAACAAAUUGUAUCUCUGAAAGAGAAGAUGGAAAAGAUCCGCGGGAACCCUUCAGAUAGACUGUCUUCCAUUCGUAUCUAUGAAAAAAUGACGGUGGAAUCUUUAAACACGUUACUUAAACAACUAGAAAAAGAGAAAAGGAGUCUUGAAACUCAAGUGAAAAACUACACACUUAAACUGGAGCAGGAAUCAAAGGCAUACCACAGCACCAACAGUGAGCGCCGCACAUACAUCGUGGAAAUGUCUCAGGUUUCUGGCUCAAGUCAAGCUUCUAAAAAGCAACAGAUGGAUCCAUUGCCUAAAAUGAAAGAGAAUCCCACGAAAAUUGGGAGAUGCAGUUCUGUUAAUCAGAAGACAAUGAAUGUCAAGAAAGGACCAGUAAAAAAGGUUUCACGAUCAAGCCAUCUCCCGAAACUCAACCCGUGA